AGCCCUGACAAACAUUUGAGGGCGCCAAAGAGGAGGAAACUACCCUGUCAUCGCUGCGCAUCCGCUCGGCAGCGGGACACUGGCCGAUUGUUCGUUACACUGAUUUAAAGCCAACCGGUGGACUGGUGUGACGCAUAAAGUGCUGGCUGAAGCAAACAGCCCAUCACUGACUGUCUUGCGCUGCGAAAUUCGAGUCUGCACCCGGAUUGCCCGGCCCCAGGGCCCGCACCUGACACCAUGAAGGCUUUACGGAUAGGGAGACGGUCCAUCAAGGACGAAAAGGGCAAGCCGCAUAUCAGCAUCCCGCAGAAAUCUGCAGUCGCCAUCGUUCCUCCCAAGAAGGUCAUCCGGGCGCUUUACGACUAUACCGCCCAGAGUCCGCAAGAGCUGAGUUUUUCGCGCGGCGAUUUUUUCCACGUUAUCGGGCGGGAAAACGACCCAGACUGGUAUGAGGCAUGCAACCCCGCACUGCCUGACGCCCGCGGCCUGGUGCCGGUAAGCUUCUUCCAAGCUCUCGGUCGCAACGAACGCGACAGCGGCCAGUCGCAGCCGGACAGUGCGCAAUCGGCGAAACACCCCGACCAUGAUUCCGGUUACGGCGAAGCACCGGCGGCGGUUACUCCAUCGGCCCCCGCCAGCCAGCGGAACUCGAAGUCGAGCGGCAAACCCGGAGCUAUGGUCUACGGCGUUGUUGUCUACGAUUUUCAUGCUGAGCGAGGCGAUGAGCUGGAGGCCAAGGCGGGCGAGGCGAUCAUCGUCAUCGCGCAGUCAAACCCCGAGUGGUUCGUCGCAAAGCCCAUCGGAAGGCUCGGCGGUCCCGGCUUGAUUCCCGUCUCGUUUGUAGAGAUUAGGGACAUGGCAACCAACACCCCGGUUGCUAAUCCCCAGGAAGCGGUGCGGAAAGCGGGCAUUCCCAAGGUCGAGGAGUGGAAGAAGAUGGCUGCCGAUUAUAAGAACUCAAGCAUCACACUCGGGAAGUUCGAAACGGGAACUCAGGCGCAACCGAUCGAGCAGGGAAUGGAGCGCAUGAGCCUCCAGCAAUCUAGCGGGCGAGUGAGCCAAAACUCGGGGUCCAAUAUGCAGCAGCAAGCUCAGCAGGGUGGCUACGUUACGCAGCAGAGCCCUGUUCAGCAAACCCAGCCGUCGCUGCAGAACUCGCAGCUGCCCGCGCCCGUCUCAGCCCGCAUUCCCAGGUACUGCUUUGCGGAAGACAAGUACUGGUUCGUUAUUGAAGCCGAACUGGAGGACGGCAGAACCUGGGAGCUGGCACGAUAUUACGAAGAUUUUUACGACUUCCAGAUCGCGCUCCUGACCGAAUUUCCUGUGGAGGCCGGAACUACCGGGAAGAAGCAGCGGACGCUUCCCUACAUGCCGGGUCCCGUCAACUACGUGACCGAUGCCAUUACGGAAGGGCGCCGCCACAACCUCGAUGCCUAUGUUAAGAAUCUACUUGCACAACCGCCAUACAUAUCAAAAUGCAACCUGGUCAGGCAGUUUUUCGCCCCAAGGGAGGGUGAUUACGAAAUUGAUCCGAGCACGCUCGACGAGGAAUACCGCCUAUCAGCCGGCUCGCGGCCCUCAUCUGCCGAUUCACCCGCCAACUCCGCUUCACGCCAGCCGUCCCAGCAAAACCUGGGCGGUUCCGGCUACGGCAACCUUGGCGGCGCUCGCCAACCCGGCCAGCAACAGCAACAGCAACAACCGCCCAUGGCACGUCAAGUCUCCUCUCUCUCGCAACCAUCCCAGAGCUCCCUCUCGCCUGGAAUGCAGACAGCUGGGUCCUUCAUGAAGGUUAAGCUCAGCUACAAUGGGGAUAUCAUUGCCAUCAAGGUGCCCACCGACGUUACGUUUGAGAGUCUGUAUGACAAGAUUGUCGACCGCCUCAAGAUCCCGCCUGGCGAGGAGCCCCAGUUAUCGUACAAGGACGAGGCGACAGGCGACAAGCCUCCGCUGAUGAGCAAUCAUGACUUGGACGUGGCGCUGCAGAGGAACGAGAAACUGCUGUUGUAUGUUGAGUAACGGGGCGCUAGUGGUGGGUUCAACCUAACUCGGGUGGGUUCGGGGGCU